AUGUCGACUUCAGGAACGGACUCCCAAGCCAUACAACAACAACAACAACAACACCAGGAACAGGAUUUGAGUGACACCAGUGACCUUGAUCUAGAGGUCAAGCCUGUCGAUGCUUCUGAUCUCGAUGUAGCACCAGAUGGCGGUUCGAAAGCGUGGCUUGUUGCAGCGGGCGCCUGGGCGGUUCUCUUCUCCUGCAUGGGCUUCGCAAACUCGUUCGGCACAUUCGAAGAGUACUAUUUGGCGAAUCAGUUACAGAAUGAACCCGUAGACAACGUCUCCUGGAUAGGGUCGUUGUCUACCUUCCUCCAAUUUGCUGCAGGGAUGGUCUCAGGGCCUUUAUUUGAUCGUUACGGCGCAAAGGUUAUACGGCCGGCGGCGAUCUUGUAUAUCUUUGCUAUAAUGAUGCUGAGCUUGUGCAAGCAGUAUUGGCAGAUCAUGCUUGUGCAAGGUAUUCUGAUGGGCAUCGCGAUGGGCUUUCUCCAGGUGCCAUCCAUGGCAGCCGUGCCGCAGUACUUCGACAAGAAACGGGCGGCGGCCCUGGGAGUCGUUAUAUCCGGCUCAUCUGUGGGCGGCAUCGUCCUGCCCAUCGCGCUGUCCAAGAUGCUGAAUGCCUCUUCUCUUGGGUUCGGAUGGUCGGUGAGAGUCAUUGGCUUUCUCCUACUGCCCUUUGUGGGAUUUGCCUGCGUGACUGUCGAGGCCCGUCUGCCACCCCGGAAGUCCGACUUCCUCAUCCCAUCGGCCUUCAAGGAACCCAGAUUCGUGCUGACAAUCUCCGCGCUUUUCUUCGCUUUCUUCGGCAUGUUCACCCCGUUCUUCUACAUGCCAACCUACGCGGUGACACGGGGCAUGGACGAGACCCUCGCAGGGUAUCUGCCUUCGAUCCUCAAUGCCGUCUCCACGUUCGGUCGUAUCAUUCCGGGCGUGCUAGCAGACAAGUACGGUCGAUACAAUACCCUCGCCAUCGGAACCGUCGCCAGUGGUAUCAUCAUUUGCUGCAUGGACUUGCCGAAAACUAACGCCGGGAUUAUCGUCUAUGAGGCUAUCUACGGCUUCGCGUCAGGUACCAUCCUUUCCGGGGCGGCCGCGGCCUUCUCUACCUGUCCUCGAACUCCCCAGGAGUUCGGGACCUACAUGGGGAUGGGUUUCACUGUCAGCGCCUCUGCCGCUCUUGUCGGACCGCCGGUCAAUGGCGUGCUUGUCGACACAUAUGGCGGCUACUCCCAGGUUUCCAUCCUGAGUGGUGUCGUAUGCAUCUUCGGUGGCCUCAUAGCAUUCUACACCAAGACCACGAGCCCUCAAGGUCUCUGGGGGAAUGUAUAA